AUGAACCUCCGUUUUUUCCCAUUUCACUGUGCCGCACAACUAGGCCGAUUAGGGGGACCGUGGGGCGAUUGGUCGACAUGUCCACCCGGUAUUGCAUAUGAUGAUAUUAUGAACUUCAAGCAACGAAUGCGGACAUGUAUGCCGCUGCCAACUGGUUGCACCGCUGAUUCAACAUACAAUUGCCCAGGAACUUAUUCGGAGGUGGAUUAUUGUGUAACGACGCCAAAGCCGGAAACGACUACACCAACAACGGCGACGACAACUACUACGACGACAACGACAACAACGACAACAACAACGACGACAACGACGACAACCACGACAACGACGACAACCACAACAAAGCCUACAACGACAACCACAACAACCACAACUACUACUUCCACUACUACCAAGCCAACAACAACAACGACAACAACAACGACAACAACGACGACAACAACGACAACAACUACCAAGCCAACAACGACAACAACUACAACGACAACGACUUCCACGACAACAAUUGCAGAAACAACAGCUGCUGCAGCUCUGACGACCACUCCAGCUGUAGAGAGUACCACUGCUGAGGAAACUUGUGGAAUUUGUGACGCAAUUCCACUCAUUCUCCUUAGCAAGUACAACAAAACGUAUCAAGAUGCGGCAGCAGUUCUAAAUGAAUUCACUGGUGGUUGGGUGAAUGAAGCCACAGGUCUAUCGGUGACCAACUUGUCGUGUGUCUAUCAAAUUGCGCCAAACAAGUGCAACAAUUGCUCGAAGCUGAUCGUUGAGAAGCCGGGUUUGGCUGAAGGAGUGACCACACUCAAUCACAUUACCUCAACUUGCUCAUCCGUGGCUGUGACGUGUCAACCGAUUGAUGGAGCCACCAGUGCCAACUUGUUCAUCAACGGGCAAACGGUAGGCCUAAUUGGCGCUGAAGUGGCCCGGACAUUCACCUGUGAUAGUGACAGUGAUUGGUACGAUUCAGCCACUGGGAUCACCAUUCGGAAUAUCAGCUGUGUACUCUGGGAUUCUCAAGAAUCAUCCCCGGCAACCCUACCGACAACAAGGAUGGCAACCGAGGCACCAACAACAAUGAUGACAACUGAGGCACCAACAACAAUGAUGGCAACUGAGGCACCGACAACAAUGAUGGCAACUGAGUCCGGUGAUGAUGCCACUUUGAUGCUCGAUUGCGAUGGGUGCUUUGAGACGGCGAUCUCUCGCUUCUCGAUCACGCUAAGCUGCAAUUCGAAUGGGCAAUGGUUGUUCAAUGGGAUGCCGGUUACAAGAGCGAUGUGCGGUGGACAUGCGCUGACCUCAUCAACUUCGCCAACAUCAGCAACUCUUCCCACCACAACAACAACAACAACUCCAUCACCAGCAGCUCCCACUUGCGCUCGUUGCUCCCGUCUACCCGUUGAUCCAAUUGGCACAAGUGGUUUCAUUGACGGCUUCACAACAUUAAUCAACGGUUUCUCUGACAAUUGCUCAACUCUAACAGUGAUUUGUCAAGGAAUUGAUUCGACAAGUGCUUUGGAGAUAGCUUUUGAUGGAGUCGUUUUCACGCAAGGAGUCGGAAAUUUGAGCAUACAAGCAACUUGCAACGCGGAGAGUCAAUGGGUUGUGAAUGGGACGACAAAAGUGAUCGCGUCGAUCUCGUGUGCUUACGAGGGAUCGGAUUUGGGACAAUGUCAAGAAUGUUCAAACCUGCUGGCCGAGCCACUUUCCGAUAUUUCUGAUGGUUUUGAUACGAGUGUAAAUACGACUGGAUGGUACGAUGGAAUGCUCGUUUUGGAUCAUUUCAUGCAGAGUCCAACUUCUUGUAAACAAGUGCAAAUCACGUGCUCGAGUCAGGCAAACGACGCAGCUACUCUGAUGCUCGACUGUGACGGUUGCCUGCAAGAGGCUGUCUCUCAGCUCUCAACAACGCUCACUUGCAGCGCGAAUGGCGAAUGGUUCUUUAAUGGGAUUUCAGUUGAAAAAGCGAUUUGUGCAGGGCAUCCGAUUUCCGACACACUGACAACCGUCACUCAAAUCACUCCAAUAACCACAACGACCACGACAACGACCCCACCAACUGGACCAAGUUGUGCUCGAUGCUCAAGAAUCUCCGUCCUUCCCACAGCCGAUCUCCAAUUCACCGAUGGGCAAACGACUCUUGUGAACGGAUUUGCAAACAAUUGCUCGACGCUUGCGAUCACUUGCCAAGGAAUUGUGCCAACAAACCUCGUCUCGAUUCUCUUCCAAAACACAACCCUGCAAACGGGAGUCGGAAAUGUAAACCUUUCCGUCGAUUGCAAUCCACUGAGUCAAUGGGUGGUAACGAGUGGGCAACUGACAACGAUUGUUGACAGCAUUUCUUGUGUUUAUGUCGCAUCUCGAACGACAACGGCUCUAACGACUACAACCUCUACAACGACAACGACAACCUCUACAACGACAACGACAACGACAACGACAACGACAACGACAACGACAACGACAACGACAACGACAACGACAACGACAACGACAACGACAGCAACGACAGCAACAACGACAACAACAACGACCACAACAACGACCACAACGACAACAACUACCACUACGACUACUACUACAACGACACCAAGUACUACUUCAUCUACAACAACAACAACAACAUCUACCUCAACUGCUGUGACCACUACGAGUAAAUCAGCUCUGUGUGGCACUUGUCCAAACGUGGAGGCUCUCUUCCUCACCGGACUCAAUUCGCAACAACAAAAUGGACUUCUUUUGCUCAAUCAUUACACGCAAAAUGGAUGUCGUCAAGUGGACAUUACGUGCUUGGGGACAUCGACCAAUCAAAACGCGUCAAUUGUGGUGAAUGGUGGGACUUUCUUGUCUAUAAAUGUUGGAGAGACCGACAAAACGAUCGGCUGUAGCUCGACUGGAACAUGGGCUUCUGCUGGGUUGAGUAUCGUAAAUGCUGCUUGUAUGCUCGAAGCCGUACCGACAGCUUCACCCGGGCAAGUGGCUGACCCGUUUCCAACGAUCAACUACACAUCGGGCUCAGCCACAUGUCAACAGUGCCCAAAUCUUCAACUCACACAACCGUCAACACCACUCACUCCUGGAAUGCUCACUGUCAGCUCGACAAUCGACGCUUGUUCCCAAGAGACUGUGAUGUGUCAAAGUGGAAAUGCUAAUGAUGCGACUUGGCUCGUUGAUCAAAGCGGGAAUCCUCUUGCUUCCGGUGUUGGCAUGAUCAACACAACGAUUCUUUGUGCUUCAAAUCAAACAUGGAUCACCGCCUCGGGACUCACAAUCACUCGAAUAUCCUGUGGUGUUGGUGGAACGGGCGUUGUUACAAGCACACCCAUAACGACAACGACCACGCCGACUCUUGCCACGAUAAUUUCUACAUCAACAUCUACCCCAACCACCACAUCAACAGCGCCCACGACCACGACAACAACCACAUUAACUCCACCGACUACAACAACGACACAAUCGAGCGGUGAAACGAGCGCCCCUGACUGCACACUGGCGCAAUGGGCUCCAUGGGAGGAGUGGUCUGUUUGCACGGAUACUUGUGGAUCGUGUGGAGUUUGGCAAAGGUUUCGACGAUGCGAGAAACCGUCAGAUGCAUGCAAGUGUACCGGUACGGCUUACGUGAAAGAGCGAUGCAAUGCGGCUGUUUGCAAGUAUCCCCGAAACGAGAGCUGCUGCACUGGCUUUGUCCCCGUCGGAUCGGACAAUACCUUCAAUUGUGUACUCGCCUCUUCUGUCACCAGUUCUCCCACAUCG